AUGUCGAAGGAGUCGACCUCUCGUCCGGAUCCUAUCCGGAAAAGAUCCGGGAGUGAUACAACCGCUGGCCGAAACACAAUGUCAAUGGCGGACACGGCUCAAGGAAAUGAGACCAGAGACCGGUCACAGUCAGUGACUGCGGAAACAGCAAGGCCUUCAAUUCCUCCAAGUACUGGGUUCGAUUCUACCGAUAGAGUGUUCCCGAUUCGCUCAGUCGUUUCAGUUGCCCCAGCGCCUGCCUCAGGUGCCCAAUCCUGGGGCGCAACAUCGCCGGUCCGUGAAGGUGCUCGGCAAUAUCCGAUCAUCGAUUCGAGAACAUGGGAUGAAAUGCAGGCCCGCGCCCGAUCUCCAGCAGCCUCACCACCAUCGAGCACAGAGCCAACUGCCCCCACCGCCACGGCACGCCAUGAGACCCACACAACCCACGAAGAGACAGAUCUAGCCGCCCACUCUAUGGCAACCCAGGUCGUUCAAAACCCAGAGGAAUAUAUUGAGGAGGAAAGAGAUGGCGAUAAGGCUUCAAUAUCAAGCUCCACCCCUCAUGCAUCGGUUCAACGAAUACACCCUGAGGACCCGUAUAGUAAUAUGACAACUCGAUUCACCCAUAAAGUGACCGAGGAUGGCCAUGUUGUAAUCACAGGUCGAGACGGUGAAUUCCAGUAUUGUGAAGAUGAGCCAAUCCGCAUUCCCGGCGCCAUUCAGAGCUUUGGUGUGAUGUUAGCACUCCGAGAAGAAAUGCCAAAUCAGCUCGUGGUCCGCAUUGUCAGCGAAAACGCCCAUGAUAUAAUGGGGUAUACGCCACGGGACCUGUUCAACCUUGAAAACUUCUGCGACAUAUUAAAGGAAGAUCAAGCUGACAACUUAUUGGAUCAUGUCGAUUUUGUGCGCGACGACGCAUAUGACCCGACGGUUGACGGCCCUGAUGUUUUUGUUCUUGUUAUUCCCACCCCAUCAGGCGAGGACCGCCGUUUCUGGUGUGCGGCACAUGUCAGCCCUUCCCAGAAAGACCUUAUCAUCUGUGAGCUAGAGCUAGAAGAAGAUGAAAAGAACCCCUUAAAUGUGGAAGGUAGAGCCACCCCAGCCACCCCCGCGGACACACUAGGUGCUGUUCCAACUGCGGAACAGUUUGCAGCAAGCAUGAUCAAUAUCAGCCAGCCUCUCCGGGUCCUCCGCAACGCACGGCGAAGGAAAGGCGAGGCCGCUGCAAUGGAGGUCUUUAGCAUCUUGAGCCAAAUACAGGAGCAACUAGGCCGCGCCAAUGAUCUCGAUACGCUGCUGAAUACUGCGACUGGGCUGGUAAAAGAGCUGACUGGGUUUCACCGAGUCUUAAUCUAUCAAUUCGAUAGCAGCUGGAAUGGGCUGGUGGUUGCCGAGCUCAUGAACCCGGAUGCCUCGAUUGACAUCUUUAAAGGGCUGCAUUUUCCCGCAUCGGACAUACCGGCCCAAGCUCGUGAGCUGUACAAGAUUAAUAAGGUGCGCAUCUUGUACGAUCGCGAUCGUCAAACAUCUCGACUCGUUUGCAGGACGCUGGACGAUCUGGAGACCCCUCUUGACAUGACCCACGCAUUCCUUCGCGCCAUGUCGCCGGUCCAUGUGAAAUACCUCGCCAACAUGGAAGUCCGCGCCUCGAUGUCUAUUAGCAUCAACGCCUUCAAUGAUUUGUGGGGUUUGAUAUCGUGCCACACUUACGGUGAUGCGGGGAUGCGAGUUUCAUUCCCGGUGAGGAAAAUGUGUCGCCUGCUUGGAGACACUGUGUCUCGGAACAUCGAGCGCCUGUCGUACGCAAAUCGCCUCCAAGCGCGGAAACUAAUCAACACCGUGCCAACGGAGGCCAACCCUUCCGGGUACAUCAUUGCUUCUACAGACGAUUUGCUUCAACUCUUCAACGCAGACUACGGUGCUUUGUCCAUCCGGGAUGAAACCAAAAUUCUCGGAAACGGCUCCAACACGCAAGAGGUCCUGGCUUUGCUGGAGUUCAUCCGUAUGCGGCAGCUUAACUCGGUCCUUGCGUCCCAUGAUAUUAUCAAAGAUUUCCCGGACUUUCGGUAUGACCCGGGACUGAAAGCCAUAUCUGGGCUGCUCUAUGUUCCCUUGUCAACUGGUGGCAAUGACUUCAUUGUUUUCUUCCGCAAAGGUCACCUGACAGAAAUCAGCUGGGCGGGUAAUCCGUACGAAAUUAAGAAGCAAAAGGAGACUGCUGGUUAUCUGGAACCUCGGCAAAGCUUUACUACAUGGAGGGAAAGUGUGCUCAGCCAAUCGCGGGAAUGGUCAGAGACAGAUGUCGAGACCGCUGCAGUCCUGUGUCUUGUGUACGGUAAAUUCAUCAAGGUCUGGCGACAGAAAGAGGCCGCAAUGCAGAAUUCUCAACUCACACGACUUCUCCUCGCCAAUUCCGCGCAUGAGGUCCGCACACCCCUCAAUGCAAUCAUCAACUAUCUUGAGAUUGCACUAGAAGGCGCCCUGGAUUCCGAAACUCGUGAUAGCUUGACGAAAUCUCAUUCGGCUUCAAAGUCUCUCAUCUAUGUCAUUAAUGAUCUCCUUGAUUUGACCAAUACUGAGAAAGGCAGAGAGCUCAUCAAGGACGAGUCAUUUGAUCUCCCAGAUACUUUCCAUGAAGCAACUGAUAUGUUGUCUGGUGAGGCUAGACGCAAACAAAUCUCAUUCACCGUGUCCGCCCAACCUGGAAUUCCGAGGAGGGUUCUUGGCGACCAGCGGCGAGUCCGGCAAGUCUUCUCUAAUAUCAUCUCCAAUGCCAUCCAGCAAACCGAAUCCGGUGCUGUGACGGUAGAACUGUGGCGCUCCGCGAUAAAAGCACUUCCCGAUCAUGUUGCCGUGGAGAUGAUGGUUAUGGACACCGGCGCUGGAAUGUCUAAACAAAAACUUGAAGCCCUCUUCCAUGAACUUGAGCAGGUGUCUUCCGACGAUGACUACUAUCCGGAGGAAAACAAUAACAGUACCCCGCCAAGUAGCUCUAAGCGUGUGCUUGGCUUGGGGCUUGCUCUCGUAGCGCGGAUCGUUUACAACAUGCAUGGUCAGCUUGGAGUCAAAUCUGAAGAGGGUAAGGGCAGUCGGUUCAAAGUUCUCUUGCAGUUCCGACUCCCAGAGGGUGAACCAACUGCAACACCCGCUGAAGCGACUCUUCCUGGUCAUGUUGCCGCGCCGCUGAAGCCUACGAUAUACGAUCGGGAAUUCACUUUGACACGGGGGCACCAACAAAGUCCAGAUGGCCGAAGACGGAGCUCCGAGAGUCUUCGCAGUGGAAGUAGCUCUCGUAGCGCCCGAAGUCAAGCGGAUCGCCUCAUCAGUGCUAUGCAAGAACCUGCACUUGGCUCCAGAUCGGGCAGCGAAACUGGAAGCUUGAGCAAGGUCAAGCUUCCAAUCAGCCCGCACGGCAGUGGAGAGGUGCCUUUGUCUGUCGGCUCGCCACCUCUGCCGCCUCCUUCCACAAGGCGACGAUCCAAUAGCUUCAGGGUGUCCGCUGGGCAUAAUCCUCAUGCCAGUCUCGCCACCGUUUCGCAUACACCACCGCUUUCCCUCCAGCCUACAUCCGUGCCUUCCCUUCCAGGGACGACAAAUGUGACAGAUUCAGGUGUACCUCUCAGAAACAAGACCAAUCCUAUUUCCCACCGAUGCCGUCCGGGCUCAAGGACGAAUUCAUGGGAACAUGCCUCCACCAUCGGAUCUUCUACCACACCCACCUCCAUCGCCCCUUCAAAGACUUCCGGGGCCCCCUUAUUGAGUGUGCUUGUCGCCGAAGACGACCCUAUCAAUUGUAAAAUCAUCCAGAAGCGCCUGACAAAGCUGGGACAUACCGUUGAAGUUACGAUGAACGGGGAGGCUUGUGCAACUGCAUUCGCGACCAAGAUGGAUAAUUUUGAUGUUAUCUUAAUGGACAUACAAAUGCCUAUUGUUGAUGGCAUGGGUGCGACUCGCUCCAUUCGUGAUUUUGAGACGAAGGUUGGUACAGGACAGCUCUCUGACAAGGCAAAGCUCAACGAUCGCGUCCCAAUAUUUGCUGUCUCGGCAUCAUUACAAGAGUCAGACAAGCAGAAAUACAUUGACACGGGCUUCGAUGGCUGGGUCAUGAAGCCCAUCGACUUCAAUCGUUUGAAUGUUCUGUUCAAUGGGUUGACAGAUGCGGCCAUAAGAAAAGAUUCAACAUACACCCCUGGCGAGUGGGAAAACGGCGGAUGGUUCUGA